AUGGUGGCUUGUUGUAAGAACGUUGAUGACAGCCUUGGACUGAAGAAUGCACGAUUCUUUUGUCUUCUGGAAGAAUACUCAGCUUACAUGAACAAUGCCCGAAAAGUGAUGCACGAGUUGUUCACAGUGAGAGCCUACAGUAAACACCAAGCUCCAUUGUACGAGCCGAUGCCCGAGAAUUAUUCAACCAGCGAGACUCCACGAAUGAAAAUCAAUUAUAUGCUGACUUAUCUGAAAGUUUUUGAUUUGGAUGCAGAGAAGCAAAUGCUCAGCUCGAGAAUGGAAAUGACAAUUAGUUGGAGAGAUCCCCGGUUGGCGUGGGAUGUGAACGAAUUUGCUGGAGUCAAAUCCAUUCUCACCACCACCGAUGUAAUCUGGUUACCCGAUUCGACCUUCUCGAAUUCUGCCAAGCUGGAGCAAGUGAAUGCACAGGCGCCGAAAUUUGUACGAAUCUUCAGCAACGGAACUAUUCGACAAGGCACAGCCUAUUACGCACAAACCACUUGUGACAUUAGUGCUAACACCUUCCCGUUUGAUCGUCAAAAUUGCACUCUUCCCAUACUAUCGCUCAACAUGGAAAUGAAAUGGAUCGAUCUCAAGUUAGAUGUCCUCAGUGAUGGAGCACAGAUUUGGGUUGGAAAUGGGGAAUGGAUCGUUGUCGAGCUUUUGCCGAUCAUUUUCCCACCCGAAGGGACUAUGGAGAUUGUCGGUUUCAGUCUCAUCAUCAAGCGUGUCCCCAAUUUCUAUGUCUACGUGAUCGCUUUACCGUGUUUCCUCCUCACGAUGCUCUCCGUUAUUGGAAUGUUUUGGUCGCAGAAUUUCAAGAAACAACAGCUAGAAAAGCUGAGCAUUGGUUUGACAAGUCUUGUUUCAAUGACUGUUCUCCUCGAAAUGUUGGCAACAGCGAUUCCAAAAACCGAAGUUUUUCCACUAUUGGGUAUCUACGUGGUUUGCUGUGUCGGCAUUAUCACAUUAGCUUGUAUGACUGUUGUCAUUUACUCACAAGCAAGUCCCGUCAAACUUGCUAAAGUUGCUGAAAAGGAGAAGCGAACGAAAGAGGAUGAGUUGACGAAAAAUCGUACCCAACUUCUUGCCGAUUCGCUGAAAGGAAUCGAAUACGAUGGU